GUUUUCAGAUCAUUUUUUGAUCAAUGCACAAUUUCCUUUCUCGCUAGUAUACUUUAGUAAAUAGCAAUACUACUUGAACUAAAUAUUUAAUGAUGUGUGAAGUUCAUUGUGAAAAGAAACACGUGAACUGUGUUUAAGACAAUUAAACUGUGGUCGUGUUAGAAAUGUGUAUAGAUAUAUGUAAACAUAUUAUAUGUUGAUUUAAAAUCAAUAAAAUAGUUUUGAUUUAAUAUUAAUACUGCCGAAUUUGGGUGGAGUUUAAAUAUCUGAAAUGUGGAUGUCUGAAAAAGUGAAAAUGAUCACAUCACAUGACGGAGGAUAUAACUGUGAUUUCUUAGCACCAAGCAGUUGAUGGAAGACAGCAGUUGACACCACGAUCGACGGCGGCGUAAAGAUGAAGAUCUGCCUCACCGGCGGUUACAAGUUGAUCAUCGGCGUAACAUCCGCAACGACACUGAUUCUGCAGUUCGUCAUCAUAUAUAAUUUUGCAAACACGAGGACACACCGCAGCAUCGAGUCAAAGCGGUCUAGGGAUGACCAAAUUGCACGUGCUGGUUUACGUGAAACCACUACGAUGAUAGAACGUGUGGAAUCAUUCCCGAAAAAAAGAACCACCUUUGGUAUUCCGACCGUCAAGCGUCCGUCGGAAAACUACUUCCAGAAGAUGUUCCGGGGUAUGGUCAACAAAACGACAGAAGAACAGAGAAAGGAAAUAAUUUUCGUAGUGUUUCUGGCUGAUCUAAACAACAGCGAAUGGAAAAACUCCAUGAAGAAUGAUCUUCUUGCCAACUAUUCCUAUCUUGUAAAGACCGAUUCUUUGCUCGUAAUUCAGGCACCGGAAUCGUUCUAUGCCGAUUUGACUAAUACCAAUGACUCUUACCUAUACUGGCGGACGAAGCAAAAUUAUGAUUAUGCGUAUUUAAUGACAUAUUGUCGCCACUUAUCCGAAUUUUACGUUCAAAUGGAGGACGACGUCAUUCCUAGUGAUAAUUAUUACAGUGCAAUAAUGGGCUACGUCGAAAACCAGUCAGAUGACAAUUGGGUUUGUUUAGAGUUUUCAAAACUUGGAUUUAUAGGAAAGAUGUAUCAUUCUCGGGAUCUCAUGGGUCUGUCAGCUAUGUUCUUAAUUUUUAAUAGCUCUCAACCAGUAGACUACAUUUAUGUGUAUUUUAACAUUCUUUCUGGUCGUAGAUCAGCCUUACGUAAGCCGACUCUUUUCCAACAUCUUGGGUACCAUUCUAGUCUGGACAAGAAGAUCCAACCUCUUCAGGAUGACUUUUUCAAUAUGCCUCCCAAACAAUGGAAAGGCGAUAAUCCACCGAGCAAAAUUUACACCAGUCUAGAGCAAAGUACCGAUUUCCCAGCAAAUAUGGCUUACAGCCUUGACGUUGGCUUUUUUUGGAGCAUCGGACCCGCGAAAAUUAAUGACACCUUUACAAUCGUGUUUGAAACUCCGCAGCGAAUGUCACGUGUUGUCAUAGAGACGGGUAACAAGGAUCAUGCACGUGACAAUUUACAAAAUGGCUGUCUAGAAUUCAGUAGUCAUUACUCUGAUACCGGUGAAAAUCUAAACUGUGAUAAUUUUAAGAAACUUGACGACUUUGAAGGCGGACAUUUGUUUAUUGAUAGUGACAAAAUGAAUUCUGUUGUCCAUAAUGCAUCAGUGAAUUGUGUACGGAUUCGGGUUCUUGAAUCACAAAAUGAGUGGUUAAUUAUUAGUGAAAUCGCUGUGUUCAUAAAUAAAGAAACUUAA